GCCAUGUUUGGUUGCUUUGUUGUAGGCUUCGACUCGGUUUCCUACACAAUUACCAAGAGUGGAAAUGGAGGCAAGCUGGAGUACGUUUCUGUUCCAACAGGCCAAUGAAGCCCUCCACCACCAGCACCAGGUGGCCCAAAACAGCCUGCUGCCCCUUCUUAACGCAGGAACUGAGCCAAUCGACCAAAAGCCCGUGCUGCCCAUCCAAAUUGACCAGAAGAACCCCUCCCUUGCGCUGGAUCUCCUUAAAGACAAUGUGACCAGCGGAGGAGGUGGACGGCCACCAGCGCCCGUGAUAAAGAAGGAGCACAAAGGCAAAACGCCAUUCGUUUGUGGCUACUGCAACAAAGCCUUCCGCGACAGCUACCACCUGCGACGCCACGAGUCCAGCCACACUGGUAUCAAAAUGGUGUCGAGGCCAAAGAAGGUUGCUCAGACGGCCCCGCCGACCAUGGUGCCUAUGAUCUCCACGAUGCAUCGAGAGAACAACGGAAACAUCUCCUACAUCUCUACGGCGGCAGGCCUCCUCUCCACGGCGACCACUUCGGUCUCGUCCGGCGCGAGCAUCAUGACCUCCGCAAUGGGCAACAUGUCGCACCACCAGCAGACUCUCCCCAAGAAACCUGCCAAACCUGUCAAGAAAAACCACGGGUGCGAGAUGUGCGGCAAGGCCUUCCGUGACGUUUAUCACCUGAAUCGCCACAAGUUGUCCCAUUCCGACGAAAAGCCCUUUGAGUGCCCCAUUUGCCACCAACGCUUUAAAAGGAAGGACCGGAUGACCUACCAUGUCCGGUCUCAUGAUGGAGGAGUCCAUAAGCCCUAUGUGUGCUCCGUCUGUGGGAAAGGUUUUUCCAGGCCUGACCACUUGAGUUGUCAUGUGAAGCAUGUUCAUUCAUCAGAGCGGCCAUUUAAAUGUCAAGUGACGGCAUGUACCUCUGCGUUUGCCACCAAAGAUCGACUCCGUUCUCACAUGAUCAGACACGAGGGAAAGGUGACCUGCAGCAUCUGUGGGAAGAUGCUGAGUGCGGCUUACAUCACCAGUCACCUGAAGACUCACGGACAAAGCAGUUUCAACUCUUGUAAUAAAGAUGAAGUUUGCAACUCUGUCUCAGCAACACCCGUGACUGUUUCGGCUCCCAUCACCACCGCGAUGAACCGGGGCAACUCCAACAAUAACAACAACGCUGUCACCAUAGCGGCGCAAAUGAACAUCAGCACCAACACGGUCAACAUCACGUCGCCGGUCAGCCUUCAGCACCCGCUCACCAUCACCGGGCCCGUCAACAUUGCAUCUGUCAACAUCCCUGCCAGCGCGUCCAUGAAUAUUGCCCACCCGGUCGCAAUAACCACUCCCAUGCCCAUGAAUAUCGCCGGCCCGCUUAACAUUGCCAUGAGGCCAGUGGAUAGUAUGCCUUUCUUGUCCCAAGUCUUGCCGUCUUCCCCACCUUGGUAAAAAGAAAUAAAAGGAGAAAAGAGCAUUGAACUGGCCAGGCAGAAAAGGAAAAAGUCAAUUGAGACUCAUCUCACAAUUAGCUCCUAAGGCCCAGCUCUUUUUUUUUUUUUUUUUUUUUGUCUGUUUUUAACCCUCCAAACUUUCAUUCCUCACACCUCUAAUUGGGUGUGCUGGAUUCACGAGCUGCGCCGCCAGGGGGCGCUCGCCAAGUCUUAGCCGCAUCUCAGUUCAUGCUACAGAUGAUGCACAACACUUGAGUAGAAACCAAGUAGGACCGUCCUUGAAAUAAGGACGCAUUUAGGACUUAGCUUAGUCUGUUAAUGAUGAAACUAAUCUGUAAUGACUGAAGUGUGGUGACUCCUCCGACAUCAUGAUGGACUGUCACAGAAGAUUUUUUUUUUUAUUUUUUAUUUUUUUUUAACCAUAGAAGAGACAUGGACUGACCUCUCCUCCACAGCCUCAGGCUGUUGCUUUGUACGUUAACUAUAGGUUUGAUAUUCCAUAUUUAAUGUAGGAAGAAAAAGCAAAGUAAAAGGGACAGCGGCUUCCAUGUGCAUGGAAGGAUAUUUUUUCACUUUACUAUAGCUUUUCCAUUUUGUUUUCAGACAGUAGUUAACUACACUCUUAAGGUACAGCUAACAUGUAAAUACGACAGUCUGCAUUUUUGAGUUUUUUUUACAUCUCCAAAAGUGUCUGCCUGAUGAUGAAAUGUUUGUAUUUUUAUAUUAGUAUGGACUUAUGAAGAAAUGUUUUUGUCCUGUGGUCGGUUUUAACCCCAGUUUAGGUAGAGUGGCUUGAGUCUUGCACUGAACGUACGUCCUCCACAGUAUUAAAGGUCAAGCUGAUGUGCCGGUCCACGCCAGUGGCUUCACAGUGACUAAACUGGAAAGGCACAAGUCUAUUUUGAAGCGUAUUGUGCUGUUUUUGUUAUAAGAGUCUGAUGUGAUGUCUUACUCCUCUACAAACCUUCUUCCUCCACCCUCCAUUCAUCUCCAACUGCCCCCAAAAGACUCGCUCAGGAAACACGCACCUUUGAAAGAAUACGUCUGUACGUAUUCAUUCUGGCUUGUCUGUGUUUUUUCCUUUUUUUUUUUUUUUUUUUUUAAAUUCGUUUUCAAAAAUCUUUUGGUACUUAAGGAGAUUUUUGUCAGAACACAACUGGCAAUUACCAGUGUUACGACCAUGAGGAGCUCCUCUAUAGGCUUCAAGGGCAAAUUUUUUUCAUUUAAAACGAAACGGUUAGUGGCUCUCAACACAGAAUUUUUUACGAACUUAGAUUUUUCUUUUUGUAAUUGAUUUCACUGGAUUGUGAUACUGGUGGAGCUCAAGUAGUUUGAAUAAUUUUGAAAUGUCAUCACGUGUCUAACUCUGCCAAUAUAUUGCAGUACCUACCAUCGUCUCCAAAAAACAUGAUUUUAAAGUGAGGUUAUGUGUAAAUCAGCACCUCACCUUGAUGAUUUGAAUGUUUAUUUUUGUAUUUAUAGUUUUUUAUUCCCUUUGCCCUAAUAGUGAUCGGCAGAUGUUGCAUGAAGGAUCAUCUCAAGUCUUUGGUUGCCUACAGAUCUUCCUGCUUUAUCAGGGACAAGAAUAGUAAUAGUUUCAAACCAUAACUGUUCACUGAGUUACUAUUCAAUGGCAUAUCUACUGUACAUUUUAUUUUUACUUUGAAAGUGUCAGGCUGUGAAAUCUUCUGACCAGGGACUGAUGUUGUGAUUUAAAAAAAAAAAAUAAUAAUAAUAAUGUAAUGAAAAUAUCGGGACAAGACUGACAUUGCAUGACCCCAAACACUAACUGUUGAACUUUACAUUUUUUUUUUUUUUUUUUAUGAAUGCAUUGUUGACUGACAAUGUUGCAAGUCUUGGAGACUUUCAGUUGACAGUGGAAAAAAAAAUGCAAUGUGCAUGAUUGUCAUUGGUUUUUUUUUGUUGUUGUUUUUUUAAACAAAAUAGUGGUGUUAUUUUCGUAUGUACGUAUUGCAUAGAUGAACUAUAAAAGAUUGCCAAAUUUGA